AUGGAAGAAUUUGGUUAUCAACCCGAUAUGAUUACAUAUAAUUUAUUGAUGUUUGCAUGCUCAAAGAAGGGAGAUUUACAAAUGGCUAGGAAUCUGUUAAUAUCAAUGAUCCGAAGUGCAAAGACCUAUCCGUCAUUGGCCCCAGAUGAGUAUACAUUUACGAAUUUAUUUUGGACGUAUUCUACCUAUAGAGAACCCAUGAAUUACAUAAGUAGAGAUCAACGAGAAGAAAUAUUAAAAAAUAAACAAUUAGACGCAGAGGCAGAUGCAGAGGCCUUGUUAUCGGGAGGUAAUUCUUUGGAAUUUUCUCAGAGGCAUCAAAUUGAUCAGAGAGAUCUGUUGGACGAAAAUGAGAUUGCAGAUAUGAAAACUCAUUUGUUAUCUGGAGUUGAAAAUAAAGAUAAUUCUUUGGAAUUAUCUCAGGGACAACCAAUUGAUCAAAGGGAACUGUUGGACAAGGAUGAGAUUGUAGAGAUGAACACUCAUCAAGAACUACAAUCCGAAUUAGUAAUAGCAAAUGGAGCACAACGAGAGAACGGGAUUUCAGAAAAUAAAGACUUGGUAAUGAUCGGAUCCGGUACUUAUCCAUUAUUGCGCAAUGUGCCUGUUACUUACGCACAAACGGUUACAGAAGUGGAAAUGAUUUUCAAUUAUAUAAUCACAUCGCAAACAAAGGAAACGACAGCUCCAUUUCCCAUAACAUUGUCACCACAGUUAAUUACCUCAUAUUUAGGCGUUCUAAUUAAAAAGGCCCGUUAUCCCAGUGUUUUUGAUUUUUAUCAAAAUAUAAUACCAAAACUUAAUGUUGAAUUAAACGGAUGGAUAUUUUUAAGUAUAUUAGAUGUAUGUUACAAACACAAGAGGGUUGAUGAAUCUUGGAGAAUUUGGAAAGAUUGGGAGAAUUGGCGCGAACAACAAAAUGAAAAGAUUUACGAAAAUGAUUAUGUUAGGAAGAAAGCAUUUAAAGAAAUCGGAAUGACUUCAGAAAUGGAAUACAAAAUUUAUAGAUCAAUGAUCAAAAUUUUGGCUAGGAGUAAUGAAUUACAAAGUGGUAUUAGAUUAUUACAAACUUUAUCAAAUUUACAAAGACCUGAUAUUAAAGACUUUAUUUUAUUGUUGCAAAAAUGUGUUGAAAAUGAUGAUGAAAUGGCACAAAGAAAAGUAAUUAAUUUAUGUUAUAAUGAUCCAGAAAGAAGUAAAAUAUUGAAAUCUAGAAAUUUAUUAGCAAAAAAAUGGAAAGGACAAGGAAUCAAAUUACCACCUAGAAACAAAUUCGAGGAAAGCGAAGGAAGGAUGGGACGGUUUAAUAAAAAAAGGGAUGGAAAUAAAAAAUGGGAAAACGAUAGGGGUGGUGAAAAAUGGCAUUUGCAUGAUGGUAAAUAA